GCUUUGGGCCGUCAAUAUGGUUGCUGCGGCUGCCUGGCGGAGCGGACUCUGAUCCGUGGCGGAGGCGCAGCUUCUCUGCGGCAGCCGUCCCGCUUCCCCGCCCUCCCCCCGCCCCUCGCUGCUGUCCCUGGGGCGGGCGGGCUCCUUGCUUCAUGGGGGCGGGCCUCCGCGCCCGGCGCUCGGCUUCCUGUUCAGAGGCGCUCGGGCGGUAGGCGGCUGACUCUGCCCGCGCCCACCUCGGCGCGGCGACCGAGCCCCCCGGGAGGCUCCAGGGCCGCUGCGCCUCGCCCGACCCCGUGCCGCCAUGCCCCCCGUGCAGCUGGAGAACCACCAGCUGGUCCCGCCCGGAGGCGGCGGCGGAGGCAGCAGCGGCCCCGCGUCAGCGCCGGCGCCUCCUCCCCCUGGAGCCGCCGUGGCGGCGGCUGCUGCGGCCGCGGCGAGCCCCGGCUACCGGCUGAGCACCCUCAUCGAAUUUCUGCUGCACCGGGCCUACUCGGAGCUCCUGGUGCUGACGGACCUACUGCCAAGGAAAUCUGAUGUGGAAAGGAAAAUAGAAAUAGUACAAUUUGCUAGCCGGACACGUCAGCUCUUUGUUCGAUUACUAGCUUUAGUAAAAUGGGCCAAUAAUGCUGGCAAAGUGGAAAAAUGUGCGAUGAUCUCGAGCUUUUUAGACCAACAAGCCAUCUUGUUUGUGGACACUGCUGAUCGCUUGGCCUCAUUAGCUAGAGAUGCCCUGGUCCAUGCACGCCUUCCUAGUUUUGCCAUCCCGUAUGCCAUUGAUGUAUUGACUACUGGGUCUUACCCACGGUUGCCAACCUGCAUUAGGGACAAAAUUAUUCCUCCAGACCCGAUUACCAAAACUGAGAAACAAGCCACCCUUCACCAGCUGAACCAGAUCCUUAGACAUCGGCUUGUAACCACCGAUCUUCCGCCUCAAUUAGCAAAUCUUACUGUUGCAAAUGGCCGGGUGAAGUUUCGAGUUGAAGGAGAAUUUGAAGCCACCUUGACUGUAAUGGGAGAUGAUCCUGAGGUUCCAUGGCGUCUUCUCAAGCUAGAGAUUCUAGUAGAGGAUAAGGAAACAGGAGAUGGACGAGCCUUGGUUCAUAGCAUGCAAAUCAACUUUAUCCAUCAGCUGGUACAAUCUAGGCUCUUUGCUGAUGAGAAACCUCUUCAGGACAUGUACAAUUGCCUGCAUUCUUUUUGCUUGUCACUUCAGUUAGAAGUGCUACAUUCCCAAACUCUGAUGUUAAUCCGGGAGCGGUGGGGAGACCUUGUGCAGGUGGAAAGGUACCAUCCUGGGAAGUGCCUCUCCCUCUCCGUCUGGAAUCAACAGGUUCUUGGGAGAAAAACAGGAACGGCAUCUGUUCACAAGGUUACAAUUAAAGUCGAUGAGAAUGAUGGCUCGAAGCCUUUACAGAUUUUUCAUGAUCCUCCUUUGCCAGUUUCUGAUUCCAAAUUAGUAGAAAGAGCCAUGAAGAUUGACCACUUAUCAAUAGAAAAGCUCCUGAUUGACAGCGUGCGUGCACGAGCGCAUCAGAAGCUCCAGGAACUGAAGACCAUUCUUAGAGGCUACAAUGCCAAUGAAAACUCUUCCAUAGAGACUGCACUUCCAGCUCUUGUUGUUCCCAUCUUGGAGCCCUGUGGUAAUUCGGAGUGUCUACACAUUUUUGUGGAUUUGCAUUCUGGAAUGUUCCAAUUGAUGCUUUAUGGACUUGAUCAGGCCACUUUGGAUGACAUGGAGAAGUCUGUAAAUGAUGAUAUGAAACGGAUUGUUCCUUGGGUUCAACAACUUAAGUUUUGGCUUGGACAACAGCGUUGCAAACAAUCUAUAAAGCAUCUGCCUACAAUAAGCACUGAAACAUUGCAGCUGUCCAAUUACUCAACUCAUCCUAUUGGAAAACUUUCUAAAAAUAAGCUGUUCAUUAAACUCACUCGCCUUCCGCAGUACUACAUUGUUGUAGAGAUGCUGGAGGUUCCCAAUAAACCCACGCAGCUGUCGUACAAGUACUACUUCCUGUCCGUGAGCGCAGGGGAGCGUGAGGACGGCCCUGUCAUGGCCCUCCUGCUGCAGCAGUUCAAGGACAACAUCCAGGAAUUGAUUUUCCGGACAAAACCCGGGAAACCGCCCAGAACCGGCACCAAGCGCAAGCUGUCUGAUGACACGUGUCCACUAGAACCUAAGAAAACCAAACGUUCAGGAGAAAUGUGUGCCUUCAAUAAAAUCCUAGCUCACUUUGUCGCUGUGUGUGAUACAAACAUGCCAUUUGUAGGACUUCGGUUGGAGCUGUCCAAUCUGGAGAUUCCCCACCAAGGAGUGCAGAUGGAAGGCGAUGGCUUCAGCCAUGCGAUCCGCUUAUUGAAAAUCCCCCCCUGUAAGGGUGUAAGUGAGGAAACCCAGAAGGCGCUGGACCGCUGUCUCCUCGAUUGCACUUUCCGAUUGCAAGGAAGAAAUAACCGCACGUGGGUGGCAGAGUUAGUGUUUGCAAAUUGUCCGCUUAAUGGCACUUCUACCAGGGAACAAGGACCAUCCCGGCAUGUUUAUCUAACAUAUGAAAACCUGUUGUCUGAACCCGUUGGUGGCAGGAAAGUGGUGGAAAUGUUCCUUAAUGACUGGAACAGCAUUGCACGAUUAUAUGAGUGUGUGUUGGAAUUCGCACGUUCUCUACCAGACAUACCUGCUCAUCUAAAUAUUUUCUCAGAAGUUCGUGUUUAUAAUUAUCGAAAACUUAUCUUAUGUUACGGAACCACCAAAGGAAGCUCAAUUAGUAUCCAGUGGAAUUCGAUACAUCAGAAAUUCCACAUUUCUUUGGGAACUGUUGGUCCAAACUCAGGUUGCAGUAACUGUCACAAUACCAUUCUCCAUCAGCUUCAAGAAAUGUUCAACAAAACACCAAAUGUGGUUCAGUUACUACAGGUACUGUUUGAUACUCAGGCUCCGUUAAACGCCAUCAACAAACUCCCCACUGUGCCCAUGUUGGGCUUGACCCAGAGAACCAACACUGCCUACCAGUGCUUCUCCAUCCUGCCGCAGUCAUCCACCCACAUCAGACUGGCCUUCAGGAACAUGUACUGCAUUGACAUCUACUGCCGGAGCCGGGGCGUGGUGGCCAUACGGGAUGGUGCCUAUAGUCUCUUUGACAAUAGCAAGUUAGUUGAAGGAUUUUAUCCUGCACCAGGACUAAAGACCUUCCUGAAUAUGUUUGUUGACAGCAAUCAGGAUGCGCGGAGAAGAUCUGUAAAUGAGGACGAUAAUCCGCCUUCUCCCAUAGGAGGAGACAUGAUGGAUUCUCUAAUCUCCCAACUGCCGCCACCUCAGCAACAGCCAUUUCCCAAGCAGCCAGGAUCAUCAGGCGCUUAUCCUCUUACUUCACCUCCUACAUCUUACCAUAGCACAGUUAGUCCGUCUCCCUCUAUGAUGCACACACAGUCUCCAGGAAAUCUGCAUGCUGCCAGCUCCCCCAGUGGGGCUUUGAGAGCCCCGUCACCAGCGUCAUUUGUUCCAACUCCUCCCCCCUCCUCGCAUGGACUCUCUAUAGGACCAGGGGCCAGCUUUGCUAGUCCACAUGGAGCCCUGGACCCCAGUUCUCCUUACACUAUGGUGUCACCAAGUGGGCGAGCAGGGAACUGGCCAGGCUCUCCUCAAGUGUCUGGCCCCUCACCAGCAACACGGUUACCUGGGAUAUCACCAGCCAACCCAUCACUACACUCUCCAGUUCCAGACGCUUCUCAUUCCCCUCGAGCUGGGACAAGUUCCCAAACGAUGCCAACCAACAUGCCCCCACCUCGCAAACUACCUCAGCGCUCCUGGGCAGCCUCCAUACCCACCAUCCUCACUCAUAGUGCCUUGAACAUUUUACUGCUGCCCUCCCCGACGCCAGGCCUCGUGCCUGGCCUGGCUGGUAGUUACCUGUGUUCUCCGCUUGAAAGAUUCCUGGGAUCGGUCAUCAUGAGAAGGCACCUUCAAAGAAUCAUCCAGCAGGAAACGCUACAGCUGAUAAAUUCCAACGAACCUGGGGUGAUCAUGUUUAAGACGGACGCGCUGAAAUGCAGAGUAGCCCUUAGUCCCCAAACCAACCAAACGCUUCAGCUGAAAGUGACCCCCGAGAACGCAGGACAGUGGAAGCCGGACGAACUUCAAGUUUUAGAGAAAUUCUUUGAAACAAGAGUAGCCGGGCCGCCGUUCAAAGCCAAUACGUUAAUAGCCUUCACCAAGCUGUUAGGCGCUCCUACGCACAUCCUCAGAGACUGUGUGCAUAUCAUGAAACUGGAGCUGUUUCCUGACCAGGCAACGCAGCUAAAGUGGAACGUUCAGUUUUGCCUGACGAUCCCUCCCAGCGCCCCGCCCAUCGCACCUCCUGGGACGCCUGCUGUGGUGCUGAAAUCCAAAAUGCUCUUUUUUCUUCAACUAACCCAGAAGACGUCGGUCCCUCCCCAAGAACCUGUUAGUAUAAUAGUUCCCAUCAUUUAUGACAUGGCUUCAGGUACCACCCAGCAGGCAGACAUUCCCAGGCAGCAGAACUCUUCUGUUGCUGCGCCCAUGAUGGUCAGCAACAUUCUGAAGAGGUUUGCAGAGAUGAACCCACCGCGACAAGGUGAAUGCACAAUAUUUGCAGCUGUUCGUGAUUUAAUGGCUAAUCUUACACUGCCCCCUGGUGGGCGUCCAUAGACACUAUUGUUUUUAAACCAGGAAGGCUGACAAAUGAGACAAAACAACACAAAAAAAGUCUGAAUUCAGCCUUCAGUUUAAAAAAGGAAAAGGACUUUUUUUUUUUACUUUGAGCUAAAUAUUCUAAACUUGCAAAAAUUUUCAGGGUGCACUUCAUCAAACCAUCAAUCUUUUGUAUAGUGAACUUGUAAAGUGUGUUUAAAUGGGACACGUUUCAAACUAGGUAAAUACAUCAGUGUCUCGCUUGCCAAUCUUAGAUUUAAUAUUCUGUUUUAUACUAUAAAGUUACGGAAAUGCCAAACUUGUUUAUUUAAUUGUUUUCCUAUGUUUUGGGUGUAAUAGUCCUUUUUUGGUUUUUGUUUUGUUUUUUUAAGGCAGGUCUGUCGUUUUGAAUACUGUAAAACUGUGAUAAACUUUAUAUGAAGCUGUAUUUUAAUAUGACCACUUUGAAUCCUUACAUGAAUAUGUUCUGGGAGCUGUUAUUAAAAAAAAAAAAAAAAAACAUCCCAAAGAAGCAAUAUUUAAUAAAACUAGAGGUUUAAAAAAA